AUGUCGAAUUCAUUUGUGGCACCAACUCAUUCCCACUUACCGGAGAUAGGACAUGACAGCAACUUGUUGUUUGAGUUCCUGGCAUUCGUACAAUCAAUUGUUAUUCUUGGAUGUCAGUAUUUAAACUUGUACAGGGCUGUUUGGUGGUUGCCCUAUUCAACUGUUAGCUAUGCCAUCAAUUUUCAGUUGAUUGAUGUAAACUUGGUUAUUGUACUCGUAAUUUUUAUGGGAAGACGUUUUUUAUACUCUGUUUACCAAGAGUUGCCAAAUAAGAGUUCAGAACAUUAUUUCACGUACAUGCUGGUACGAUGUUUGAAGUUUAUUAUCACUAGUUCUGUAUUAAUCGCUUUUCUUUAUGCAGGCUACCGAGUCGUUAGGAGAAAUGGCUUUAUUUAUUGUUCAUUUCUCUGCUACCCGUUAAUAACUUACGUCAUUCUCUUUCAAUUCAACUUUAAAGCACUUUUCUGCAAACUUCCAGUCCAGCAAGUAAUAAAUUGUCAAUCAGAAACGCCCAUACAUGCAUGUUCUCUAUCACCUGAUGAAAUCAGAGAAGAAACAGAACGAUUAAAGUCAGAUUUCAACACUCGCAUGAUGCAAAUUCUCUUCAACUCAAUGCUAUGUGCUUACUACAUGGCCUGUGUUCCUCUUCGCUUUGCACAAAGUAGCCUACAAUAUAACAUUUGGUGGGUAGUUCAGUACAUUCUAUUAGUAUGGCUUGGAUCGACCGUCCUGUUUGCUAACCAUUACUUUCCAGUAAAAUAUCUUGAUGUUCUCCACCGAUGCUCAGUUCAUCUUGGCAAUUGGACCAAGAUUGAAGCUAGAUUUGCUCCCCACAUUUGGUCUGAGCUGCAGUUGUUCCCACAAGAUUCAACAGUCAAACAUGUUAAAGGCCUCUUCAGGGCUGCCGGAAUGGUCAAUGCAGCUGAGCCUGGAAAUGUCAUGCAUACCAGAUUUUAUUUUAUGUUCCAGAAACCACUGCGAGUUACAAAUGGGAUACUUUGUUUUACGCUGCUGCUCAUUUUAUAUGAAUUUAUUACUUUAUUAUUCUCCAAUCAGUGGAAUAAUAUGUUAACAAUUGCUUUUCUGUUGUUCCCUAAUUACUUCGUACUUUUCAAUGUUCUAAGAAAUAGGUUUAUUUUAGAAAAAGUUCAUAAAAACAUUUAG